AUGGCAGUGUUUCUGCUAUGUAAGUACCUGUACCCAGGAAUAAAGCAGACGACCAGCGUAAAUCUACCACCAGGUCCCACCGGUUGCUCUCUUAUCAUGUUUCUAUUACAAGCAUUCAGAAAUCCCAUUGUGGCGCUCGAGAAUGCGCACAAGACCUUCGGCGAUAUCUACAGUGUUAAGAUUGGACCAAUCAGUAUGGUAAUAGUUAAUGGUAUAGAAGCAAUGACAGAGGUGUUGGUCACAAAUGGAAAGGUGUUCGCUGGGAGACCAGAUUUAUUCGUGAAAUUAACUGGUAAUGACGGCCAAGGUCUACUCACUCGUCAACAUGAUGCAGCAUUUAUUACACAGAGAGCAUUGGUUUCAAAAUGUCUCAGAUGCACCGGUAAAGAACAGUUGUCACUCGAUGCUAGAAUACAGCAUGCGACAAGCCAGCUGAUUGAGUGGAUGGAUGGAAAAUCGUGCCAGUUGCUCGACAGUUCGGACGCAAGCCGUUAUUUGCAAACAACAACAGCUAACGUGGUGUGCUCAAUAGCGUACGGACGCCAGUAUUGUUAUACGGAUUCCAAUUUCCAGCACCUGAUCAGUUCCAUGGACGAGAUAUUUAAUAGCAAUCCGUUUCGCAUGAUAUUUCAACUUGCUCGUUUUUUCCCGUACCUUACUGGGACUGUUUUCAAGGAGUUAGACCUGCGCACCGGUAUUGAGAAAGUGGCCGCGUACAGUGAGACUGUCAUAAACGAACACAAGAUCACAGCAGCAGCAGCAGCAACAAGAACAACAAACAAAACAAAUGUUCAAGAUAUCAUCGAUGCUUUUCAGACAGAGCAGAGAAAAGGAGGCAGUGAUCUGUCCCACUUCACUGACACACAAUUAGUGUAUUUGUUAUGCGAUAUGUUUGUAUCAGGUACUGAAACUACCACAACGUCCCUAAACUGGGCGUUACUUUACAUGGCAUACUAUCCAGAGAUACAGGAUCGUGUACAGCGAGAGUUAGAUAAAGUUUUCCCAAAAGAGUGUGUGGUAACAGUGGUGUGUCGUGAACAUAUGCAAUCAUUGCCUUACACAAUGGCGACUAUCAUGGAAGUAUUACGAAUACGUCACGUUGCCUACAUUGGUGUACCUCACUGUGCGACGAAAGAUACGACGCUCAAUGGAUUCCAUAUUCCAAGUGGUACAAUGGUUAUAACAAACUUCUGGUCUGUACAUAUGAACGACAAAUAUUGGGACAAUCCUUUGAAAUUCAACCCCGAAAGAAUGUUGGGCGAGAAUGGCAGAAUUGUCACUAAAAAAGCAUUUAUGCCGUUUGGGGCAGGACCAAGAUCCUGUCUGGGUCGACAUGUUGCUAAAGCUGAAUUGUUCAUAAUAUUCAGCACAUUGUUACAUCGUUACUCGUACAGCCUCCCCAUCAAUAGUCCACCCUCGACGUUGGAUCCACGAAUAGGGAUAUCACUGACUCCCAAGCCAUACAAAUUAAUUGUACACAGACGCUGA